UCGGGAUUUUGUUCUACUAGAAGCUACCUGUCUAUUUAAAGUACCUUACGCUUCAUCUAGUCCAGACUUUUGGCGUUGCAUCAGCUGCUGCUUGGCAUAGCUUUCAUAAUUUAUUUCUAUGCCAAAAGUGUCAGCCCGUCCUUCCUCUGUUAGUAUUCCGGCUAAAAACCACGAGUAGCAAUGGAGCCAUGGCUUAGAGAAACUCCCGGCAAUAAGUUUAUUGUCACGAUCUGGAGCUUGCUGCACUAUAUGUUCACGUGGUUAGAGUACUGGGUGCUCCUAAUGCGCUGGUGUCGCCGAGCGGUGUUUCAUCUUUUAUGGUGGCAACAACAGCCAUCACUGCAGGACUAUUAUUCGAUUUACCAUUCGCAGUUAUUUAUUCAGCAGCAUUUGACAACGAUGUCAAAGGUUCCCAAGCACCUAGUCGUCUUACUAGGACCAGAGGAGCCAGACUAUCGAUUACUAUCCCAAUUCGUGUUUUGGUCUCGUGCCGCUGGAAUUCACUACGUUAGCUUUUACGACCACCGAGGAAUCUUGAAACGGAAUCACGAAAAUUUGGUCCGCUGUGUGCAGACAGUACAGUUGAAUGCCAGUAACAAUAUCGUCUGGACGCCAUCCUCAACUCUCUUACCGUCACAAUCAACUCCAUCAAGUGAGCGACCGCAAACUACGGUAUCGUUUUACUCGCCAGCUGACGGCAAGCAAGAACUGGUGGUGUUAAGUCGUUCGCUCGGCGAAUUGGUGCGCAGCCGAAACAUUUUGAUCGGUGAUAUCAACGUUGAGUUCCUGGAUCAGCAAUUGCAAUCCGCCUACCAUCACACUCCGGAUCCUGAUUUAGCCCUCUACUUUGGAGAUAUCUGCUCCACCUAUGGACUGCUACCGUGGCAGAUCCGACUGACAGAGUUCUUCGCGCUCGAGCUGCGAUUGCGGGACAUCACUGUGAUGCACUUUAUGAACUGCUUGCUUAAGUUUUCUCGCUGCCAGCAACGGUUUGGUACGUAGUCAGCCAGUCUACAGGAUUGCUUGGGGAUCGCUUUGGACUAUUAGGAUGACCGAUAUAAUUAUAUUAUGCAAAAUAGACUAGCCUAGUGUUAUGAGGUCAAGGUCAAAGUCGUAUUCAAAAAUACACAAAAUAAAUAUAAAUUUCAUGAGAUUAGUUAUAUUGGAAGCAAAGUUAUUGCACCUAAAGUGACAGCAUCUUUGCGUGGACGGUACAAAAAUAAACAUCGAACAGUA